AACUCUCUCUUUAAUUCAUCCGCCCCAAAUCGACUCUCUGAAAACCCUAAUUUCUUUUUAUCCCUGCAACACCUCUGCAAUGGAUCAACCGGACCUUCUCCAACCUCAAUCAGCACAAAGACCUGCUGUGGUCUUGCAAUACGCGCGCAGGCCUCGCCAAUUUGGUUGCCCCAAGCCCAAAUCGUCCAGAAACGUGAAGACUUCGGUUUCUUCCGUCCCAAAGAAGACUAGGGAUCUCCCGAAUCUGUCGCAAUGCCACGCCUGUGGUUUCCGCAUCGACUUGGUCCAUGGUAAGAACAGACUCCAACUCCUGUAUAGCGAGUGGCGUAUCGUGCUGCUUUGCAAGAAAUGCCUUAUUUUGGUCGAGUCCUCAGUUAUUUGCUCUUACUGUUUCUCGGAGACUUCGGAUGAGUGUUUCCGCUGUUGUGCCUGCGGACGCCGGAUACAUGAAAGUUGCUUCUUGAAGUAUAAGAGUGUGGCCCCAUGGUCGUACUCGUGUUCCGGUUUGGGUUCGGAGUUUUCUGUUUGCCUUGAUUGUUGGGUCCCGAGAUCGAUGGAAAAUGUGAAUGGGGCUUCGAAGAGGAGGAGAAGCGGCGGCAAGAGUGAUGGCAGGGCUGUUUGUGGAUUAGGGCAUUCUAGACUUUUGGAAGAUGGAGACUGUGUGAUGAAGUCUUUGGAAGAUGUUGUAAAGGAUGCAAAUUGUGAGGUGGAGUUGAAGAAUGCGGCUGCGUGCAAGGCUAAGGAGAAGGCGCAAAAGAAGGCAGUUGUGGCGAGAAGGGCGGUGGAAUUGGCAACUGAUGCUCUCGAUAUGGUUGCCAACAAGGACAAGAGUAGUCUGUUGGCGUGUAAAGAUAGAGGUGGUGAUUGUGAUGAUAAAGUUGUUGGCGAUGAGGAAUUGGCUUUUCUGUUGCACCGCUCAAUGAAUAGCUCGCCGAGGAUAUCAAAGAACUUCUGCUCCGUGAAUAAGAGCUGGACAGAUGUUCCGAGGAUGUGGACAUACGUUAGGAGGGCACCGGCUGGGGCUUCGGGAACAGGUAAUGCAACCAUUAAUGGGAAGCAUGAAAAAUUGGCUUUUCAGUUGCACCACUCAAUGAAUAGCUCUUUGAGGAUAUCAAAGAACUGGUGCUCUACGAAUAAGAGCUGUACAGAUGUCCCAAGGAUGAGGACAUAUGUUAGGAGGGCAUCUUCUAAGGAAUUGAGACCAGGGAACGCAACCACUAAUGGGAAGCUUCAGUCUUGCAUGAAUGGGAAGUUUUGUGAGGUUGUGGCUCCAGAAUCUUCUUCCCUGGCAAGGAUGCGUGAUGACAGUUCGAUAAAUUUGACUAUCACAGAGUUGGUUAAUGUAAGGUCUAGUGAAAAGCUUGAUGAGUGUAUGGUUAAGUCCAAUGGAGAUGGUAAAAACACAGAACUACCGUUGAAGGAGGAAGAGGGUAGCUUUUCUAACUUUAUGGGAUCUCAAAGUCAGUUUUGUUGCGAGCACAAAAUGUUUAGCGAAGCAGAACACAAAGGAAGUGAUGUAGUCUUCGACCGUUAUAUGAUAAAGUAUAGGAAGAGGAGCUUAAUCUUGGGUAGAGUUCCAGAUAAGAAAUUUCAGUUCGUUUAUGCAAGAAAUCACCUGCAUGCAUUAUGUGCUCUGCAACCUGCCUCACUGUCGGAAUGAUUUCGAGGACGUGCUCUGGCGCUUCAGUCCGAACUUCCGAGGUUUCUAUAGAAGCCUCUAGCCGUACUACUCAUCUGGAGAUCAUCAUUACAUUCGAGGUCCAUGCAUUUCUCCUGAAGUUGAUUUCAAUAUGAAUUCGGAAUGCUACUAAGCGAAGUUGGUAGGGAUUAUAAAUUCUACUGCUUCAUAGAAGACUGUAUGGAAGGAAAUAUGGACGUCAGGCUACAGUUUUGGAGGAAGCACAAGAUGUCUGGUUGAGACAAACCAAAAGAAAUAGGCACAGAGAAAAGGUACAAAAAAAAAAAAAAAAAAAAAAACAAGAUAAUUUCUUCGUUACAGAAGGGAUGAGAGAGAGCGCUAAAUUACUCUUCCUCAAUUAUAAUCUUCUUUUCUCUCUCUUUUUUCCUUCAGAUACGUAAAAAUACUGUCUUUUUCGAACCAAAUCAUCACUUUCUCAACUAGCUCUUCAUCAAUCUGCUUUCUUCUUGAUUGCGAAACCCCGAGCAGUCCUCCAAAUUACAUGUACUCCGCAACAAUGUCGAAAUUCCAUUGCGUCAAAACUGCGAAUUCUGUUUAACAAUGGCAAUGUAACCCGAAUUGUUAUGUAAUUUCGUUACUUGUGAAAUUCGGAUUCACCGCUAUCUAGUUAAGCUCCAUGGCUCCAAGCAAAAUCAGAAGAGCCCUGGGGGCGGUCAAGGACCAGACGAGCAUUGGCCUUGCUAAAGUUGGGAACAGCAGUUCUCUCUCCGACCUCGACGUCGCCAUUGUCAAGGCGACCCGGCACGAAGAAUUCCCUGCGGAGGAGAAGCACAUUCGAGAAAUCUUGAGCUUGACGUGCUAUUCGCGUGCCCACAUCAGCUCGUGUGUUAGCACCCUCGCCAGGCGCCUCAACAAGACUCGGAACUGGACGGUGGCUCUGAAGACGUUGAUGCUGAUCCAACGGCUGCUUGCGGAGGGCGAUCCGGCGUAUGAGCAGGAGAUUUUUUUCGCCACCAGGAGGGGCACCCGGCUCCUUAACUUGUCCGAUUUCCGUGACACCUCGAGGUCGAAUUCAUGGGACUAUUCCGCGUUCGUGCGGACGUACGCGCUUUACCUCGACGAAAGGCUCGAGUUUAGAAUGCAGGGCAGGCGAGGGAAGCGGAGCGCGUAUGGAGUGGACGACGAAGAAGGUGAAGACAAUGCAAGCGCUGUUCCGGCCUCCGUUAAGGCCACGCCGGUGAGGGAGAUGAAAAUCGAGCAGAUCUUCUCCAAGGUGCACCAUCUGCAACAGCUUCUUGAACGUUUCUUGGCAUGCAAGCCAACAGGUGGAGCUAAAGAUAACAGAGUUGUGUUUGUUGCGCUCUAUCCAAUAGUUAAAGAAAGCUUUCAAAUCUACUAUGAGAUUACAGAGAUAAUGGGAAUCCUGAUCGAUCGUUUCAUGGAGCUAGAGAUUCCCGACUGCGUGAAGGUGUACGAGAUCUUCUCUCGGACAGGGAAGCAAUUCGAAGAGCUCGAUAUCUUCUAUGGCUGGUCCAAGAACGUCGGAGUGGCCCGCUCCGCCGAUUAUCCGGAAAUCGAGAAGAUAACCCAAAAGAAACUUGAUCUCAUGGAUGAAUUCAUCAGGGAUAAAUCCGCACUGGCACGUGGUAAGAGAGAAGGACCUGUGGAACAGAAGAUUGAAACUUCUGUUCAAGAAUCACCCAAAGAAGCAAAUGACGAGGAAGAUCCAAAUGCUAUUAAGGCUCUGCCUGCACCUGAAAACCUCAUGGAAGCUUCAACUGGAGAUCAGGAUGCAGAAAGCUUGGAGCCGAAGCAAGGGGAUAAAAAAGCGAAUGUGCAACUAGAAGGCGAUUUGUUGAAUUUGGGGGAUGAUGCGGUCAGGGGCGAAGAGCACGCGGACAAGCUGGCCUUGGCCUUGUUUGACGGUGGCGCCCCUACAUCGGUGGCUACCACGACGGCUUCCCCGUGGGAAGCUUUCUCAGACAACACAUCGGAUUGGGAGACGGCGCUAGUUGAAACAGCAAGCAACUUGACUAAUCAGAAAACUGCACUAGGCGGCGGCUUCGACAUGCUGUUACUCGAGGGCAUGUAUCACCAAGGAGCGAUGGCGGCUGCGGUGGGUGGGGCCACUGGUAAUGGAAGCAGUGGAAGCGCUAGCAGCGUCGCGCUCGGGUCGGCAGGGAGGCCCGCGAUGCUAGCUUUGCCGGCUCCACCGACAUCAGAUGGGGGAAAUGCACCCACCGGGGCGGAUCCUUUCAUGGCAUCCCUCGCGGUGGCGCCGCCAUCGUAUGUGCAGAUGUCGGAGAUGGAGAAGAAACAGAAGCUUCUGAUGGAGGAGCAAAUGAUGUGGCAGCAAUACGCAAGUAACGGGAGGCAAGGGCAGGUUGGAGUGACAAAUGUACAGGCUAACUAUCCAUACAGCACGGGAGGUUACACAAGAAACUACUGAAACAUCAGCUCACGAUAACUACACAGUUUGAGGCUUUCGAAGGCGCGAAGCUCAUUUUGAGCUUCCUCCGAUCGAUGCUCAGGUUGGUCGACACUUUCCAAUGGCUUCGGCAUGGGAAAUUUAAACCGUUUAUAGGGCAUUGUUUCAAUUUCUUGCCAGAGAUUUGGGAGGUCCUAUCGUAAUGCACGACUACUCAACAGGAAAUCCUGACUGUCCUC